GUCUUCGGCUGCCUUCGAAGCAGUGAGUGGGUGCAAUACAGCAGUCGGGCAUCGAGGCCCGAUUUGGCUGAACGCGUUAACGGGCUGCGCACGCGGUGAAAAAAAAAAGUUAACGCAACUCUACCGCUUCAGUUCACUUUCGCGAGCGCGCGCGCUUUUUUGACAGUGACAGUUGUUUUUUUCUGUACUUUUCAGUGAUUUGUGAAAUGUGAUUGUUUGUGGUUUUGUGAUAAUUUUUUUUUGUAGUUUUUUUUUAAUUUUUGCUUUUGUGAAUUUCGAAACUUGGUGCAAUUGAGAUCAACAAUCGUCGAAAAGAAAAAACUUCAGGAUCACUUUAAAUUCACCUAUCGACUGAACGAAUGCGACCUCAAAGAGUUUUAAACUUAAAAUAAAGAAGAGAAAAGAAGAAGUAUGGGUUACAAGCAGUACCUGGCUGUCGGCCAGUCGGCGCGGAAUAGGCUGUUCGGCCUCGCGCCGCGCAUAUCCGGAGACAAGCGGACUCUGCCACUGAACAUGAUGAUAUCGCAACAAGGCAAAAUAAACCAUGGACGCCUGGCGGUGGUCAUGUUCAGCAUUUGCACCGUGGUACUUGGAAUCAUCCUAUCCUUCGUGCCCUGGCUAGACUACAUCAUAUUUAGAGAGCUUCGGUUAUGGAAUGGUUCCCUGAGCUACAGCUACUGGCAGAAACCUGGCGUGGUGCGGCUCACAAAGGUCUACAUCUUCAACGUCACAAACCCGCACGCCUUCAUCGAGAACGGAGAGAAACCAAAGCUGGCUGAAAUUGGACCAUUUGUGUACAGAGAGGACAUGGAAAAAGUAAAUAUCAAGUUCCACGACAACGACACGGUGACUUUUCAACACAAGAAGAUCCUGCGCUUCGUACCCGAGAUGUCCGUCGACAAAACGCAGAAACUACUAGUGCCAAAUAUACCGCUGCUGACGGUGACGUCAUUUUCGCCGAACCUCGCCGGAUUCGUGUUUAACCUGCUGGUGACAGGGCUAGCAAUCACAUACAAAGAACGAGCCAAGCCCUUCGUUCAUGUUACUGCUGAAGAACUCGUCUUCGGCUACAAUGAUCCCCUAGUGACGUUGGCGCACUAUUUCUACCCCAAAGGCAAACGACCCAACAGUCAGAUGGGACUUCUCCUUGCCAGGAACGGCACACUGGAUGAGGUGUCGACAAUAUAUUCAGGCGAGAAGAUGGAUCGCUUCGGCUAUCUGGAUAAAGUGAACGGAUUGGAUCACCUACCGCACUGGAGGGAUCGGCCAUGCAAUGACAUCAGGGCAUCGGAGGGUUCGUUUUUCCCUCCUCGAGCGGUCACCAAGUCGGACAUGGUUUACGUGUAUGACAAGGAUCUGUGCAGGAUCUUGCCGCUGCAGUACAGGAACGAUAUCUACAAAGAUGGUAUAAAAGCAGGACUGUACACUCCGCCGAGCUCGACAUUUGAGUGCGCACGACUCAACCCUGACAACCGUUGCUACUGCGAGGGCGAGGAGUGUCCGCCGCGUGGUCUGCAGAAUAUCAGCCCUUGCCAAUAUAAUGCGCCAGUUUACUUAUCAUACCCGCACUUCUAUGACGCUGAUCCGACGUUACUUGAACCUUUUGAAGGCCUCAAACCUGACAAGAAACGACAUGAAACAUAUUUUUAUAUACAAGAUAAAAUUGGCGUCCCACUGGAGGGUUUCGUGCGUGUCCAGAUGAACCUGAAGGUGAACCGCGCUCCCAACAUCAAGGUCAACAAUAUACACAAGUUCCCUGACAUCAUGUUCCCUGUCAUGUGGAUUGAAGAGGGUAUCCAUGAAGUGACACCAUCAAUCUGGCGAUGGAUAUUUCUAGCUACAACAGUAGGUCCCAUAGCAGCACCACUCAUCUGUUAUUCCAUGAUCAUCAUCGGUCUAACAAUACUUAUCACAAUCUUCGUAAAAGCUUACAAAAACUUUGUUAUCGGACAAAAUUCCAUUGAAAUAAUGGAAUUGGGUAAAGAAACUUUACGCAGAGGAUCCACAUUGAUUAUAAAUGGAUCGCACAAAUUAAUCCAUAAAGAUAAUGUUUAUCAACCAUUGAAUCAAUCUGAUCCAAGUCAAAGUGAGGAGAAACUGCACGAGUUAAAGUUCGUGACAAGAUCUGAAUGUAUGGAUAAAAGUGGUGAUGAAAACAAUGAUGUUAAAAGUGGAUUUGUUAAGUCAAAUUUCUUUAAUCCGGAAAGAGAGUCGUUAAUAAACUCUGACAAUUCCUUCAUUUUGUCAGAACACAGAAGAUGUAGAGUAUUUAAAUUACCUGAUAGUUAUUUUAGUUAAGUUCUGAUUUGAUUAUAU